AUGAAUUAUUAUUUGAAGGUUGAAAUGAGAAUUAAAACAGCAUCUAUGGGAAAACCAGAUGGCGGGAAAAGACUUGUCAAAGACAAUAAGAAAAAAAUAAUUUUAUUUCCAACGACAUUUACUUUCAUUACAAAAAUUAAGUUCAAGACUCUUUUUCAACUUCCAAGAACACUUUUAAACUUAAAGAUAUCAAACGCGUACUUGACAUUAGGUCACCGUUAA